AUGGCGCCGCAAUCGUACAACUCCUGCUCCGAUGAUUUCAGUGCUUCGACUCGCCCCGUCUCCGAAUCCGCAGUGCCCGAGUUAGAUCCUGACCUAUCUACAACCGACGAUGUCACGAGCGAUUACCUCAGCACCAGGACGAGAAGCGUUCUAGGGCCCGUGAUCGACCAAGACGAUGGGUUUGGAUCUAAUCCCUUUGAUACAACAUCUAUUUACACGCCCAGCCACUUUCCCACCAUCUCUAUCACGUAUCGCUCUAUGGAUAGAUCGUGGGAGGAUGCAGAAACAGUAAACUCGACUCGGUCGAUAACCGAUUUAGAUGUAGACUAUGUGAUGGAAAAUGGACGACGGUACUGUGGGCCAUACUACAUGCCAAACGACGAGGACGAACAGGUGCGGCUGCAGCUGCUCAAUCAGGUCUAUUUGAAGGUUUUCGACGGAGAAUUGACAACUGUGCCUCUCGAAAGCCCGACAGCGAUUCUUGAUAUCGGCACCGCCGUUGGUGAGUGGGCGAUCGAUAUGGCUGAGAUGUUUCCCGAUUGCGAGGUCACAGGGACCGAUAUAUCUAACAUAUUCGAGCGAAGGGUACCACAAAAUGUGUACUGGGAAAUCGAUGACGCUGAGUUGGAGUGGGAGCGGCCACCAGAUCAUUACGACCUAGUUCAUCUCCGUGACAUGACCGGCGCAUUUGCAAGCUGGGAGUCUAUUUAUCAGUCUGCCUUCCAGUGCCUGAAACCUGGUGGGUGGAUUGAGAUACUAGACUUCGAUGAUAAGAAAGGGCUUCGCGACCUGUUUUCCUAUUUUGAGUCCGAUUCGUUGCUUUACAAGCUGGCACAAGAUCUUCAAGAAGCCUCUGUACUAUCCGGUCGUUCGCGAGGAGUUGCACACCUGGAGCCGAGGCUACUGGUCAACGCUGGCUAUGUUGAUGUCAACCUCACAGAGUAUUCAAUACCACUCAAGACACAAGAUGGAUCGACAGGCAAAUUCUGGUUAUUAUCUUGCUUGAACGGGAUGGAGGCCGCGUGCAUGCGGUUGCUUACGAAGUAUAAAAACUGGAACCCCGAUGACAUCCGUUUAGGCUGCGAGAUGGUUGGGGAAGAGCUGAUGACUCUCGCUCAAGAUCCACAAAGGGCGAAGACAUUUGUGGUGAAGCUUAGGGUGCUGACUGGGAGGAAACCCGGCCAUCAUGUUCGCUGGCCACCUACAAGCCUGAACGAGCUUGGAAGCACGGCGACAUUCGGUGAGGGCCAAUUUGACGCGCAUGCCGAACGUAUCCACGCCUCUGAUGACCUGAGGAGAACGUCGAUCAGUUUGAGACAUGGAGGUCAGUUAAUAGUGGAUGAUGAUGAUGAAAUACGACCCACCGCAUCUUCCAUCCACGAUAGAGCCCAACAUUCCAGUGUCAUGGAUAGAAACGACCAGUCACUGACGGCUUCUACUGGGCAUGGUAUUGGAAAUACAACAGAAGAUUGGCUACGAAAUGUGGACGUCGAUCAGUCUGAUAAUAAUAUAAACCAUGAUGAAUACACCGAUACCACGACGGACGAUACCAUGAUGGAAGAGAGCGAAAGUGGGCGCGAGGCAUCGCGCAAAAGUAUGAUAAAAGGCAGGCCAUUAUCUAAAGCUUCGGCAGGUACAACGGAAAACGAGAGUUCGGGAUCGCGAGAGCCAGUAACUGGACGUAUUUUAUCAAGCGUGGGCAGCGCUUCUCAUGGAAGCGGGCCACAUUUAUAA